AACCAACAAAAAUAAAAUUUGCCAAACACGAAGAAUUUCGUUUGGUCGUUUGAUGUGAAUUUCUUUUGUCAUUUAAAUAUUCCUUCUUGGAUUUUCGUGUUAUAUAUAUUAAUUUGCAAAAAUUUAAUCAAAACAAUUGUUGUGAAUUGUGUUAAUUGUUCAAAAGGCUCUUAAAAGCGAAAGUUUCCAUAAAUGUCUUCUACAUCUGGAGCAAGCGGCAGUGGCCGUGGACGCAAUGGAAGUGGUCCAACAAACUCCACUGCCAAUGAAGCUAAACCAGAAAGUAAGGAGACCAAAACUAAUCCAAAAAUUUCGAAAGCCUUGGGUACCUCAGCUAAGCGAAUUCAAAAAGAACUGGCAGAAAUAACUUUGGAUCCACCACCAAAUUGUAGUGCUGGGCCAAAAGGUGAUAAUUUGUAUGAGUGGGUUUCCACAAUAUUGGGGCCACCUGGAUCCGUCUAUGAAGGUGGCGUCUUCUUCCUUGAUAUUCAUUUUUCGCCUGAAUAUCCUUUCAAACCUCCUAAAGUCACCUUCAGAACGAGAAUCUACCACUGUAAUAUAAAUAGCCAAGGUGUUAUUUGUUUGGAUAUUUUAAAAGACAACUGGUCACCAGCGCUUACUAUCUCAAAAGUAUUGCUAUCAAUUUGCUCCCUGUUAACUGAUUGCAACCCCGCUGAUCCACUUGUCGGAAGCAUUGCAACACAAUAUCUUCAAAACAGGGAAGAACAUGACAGAAUCGCAAGACUUUGGACAAAAAGGUACGCAACAUGAUUAUGUUUCGGCUAAACAUAUGAUUUCACAGAUCUGCCAAAUCAUUAAUUGUGUUCUUGUGGAAUCUACAAGUAUGGAUGUACAAUAUAUAAUUUUACUACCUUAAAAACAAGAGAAUCAAUAAAAAUAUAUCCUAUAGUAUUAAAAUAAAACAACAACAAAAAACAUGUCUAAGUAAAUUAAGUCGUAUACAUUUCAAGCAUUAAUUAUAUUGUUUUUUUUUUUAUUAUUUUUGAAUAACAUAUUCUCAAGUAUCUUGAAUCAACUAGAACUCCAUCUACGUAUUGUAAGGAAGUUGUCCGUUCAGAUACUAAAUUUAUUUGUAAGAACACAUUAAUAAUUAUAUUAUUUUGUGAUUGCAUACAUAUGUGUGUGUAUAUUAUCUACUGUG